AUGUAGUAAAUUGAUUAAAUAACAUUAUAAGGAUACUAAAUUUAGAAAUAUGAUUAAUAUUUAGUAGGAGAUUAAUUUAAAGUUUAUAAAGCAAAAAUAGUUUAAACAGGGGAAUUAGUAACUUUAAAAGAAUAAUCUAAAAUUACAUUUCCAGAAGCGAAUUUAUUAAGGCUUCAAUAAUGUAUCAAAUAAUAACACAUUAUUGAAAUCAAAAUUUUUGAAAUACAAUAAUCAAAAGUGUUUAUAAUUCUUGAGAAAAUGAAAAAAUCAUUACAUGAUUUUAUUUUUGAAAAUGAAUUCAUAAAUAAAUAAUAAAUAGAAAAAUGCCUUUUAUUCCUUUAGGUAUUGUUUAAUAUAUACUUCAUUAGAUAGUUUAAGCUAUUUAAGAAUUGCAUAGAUUCGACACAUUUCAUAGAAAUUUAAAACCUAUAGACUUUGUUGUUUGUGAAGAUUAAGAUAAAUAGAUUAAACUCAAGCUUUUAGACUUCGGAUUAGUUUAAUUUGAUAAUUGUGAAGAUUUAAAUAAAUCACUUGAAAUAGGAUCGAUUGAAUAUUUAGCUCCUGAAAUUCUAGAAAAUGAAUAUUAUGAUAAAUCAGUAGAUGUAUGGUCUCUGGGAGUAAUUUGGUAUUAGAUGCUAACUGGAUAGAGUAUAUUUAAAGACAACAAUAAACUGUUAUCGUAAGAAUCUAUUUAUGAAUUUAUUGAGUAAAAUGGUAAUUAAAUAGAUAGGAAUAUUAAAAAAUUAAUAAAAUAAAUGUUAGUAAUCAAAAGUUAAGAUAGGAUAUCUCUUAACUUAUUAAUUUCAAAUUUAUAAAAGUUUUGUUAAAACUAGACUAAAUUUUACUUAUAGAACUAAGAAUAAGGUAUUGUUGAUUAUAGUAAUUUAAAAUAAUAAUAGUGGAAUGUUAACUAUUAAUUAUAAUUAAGCAAUUUCUAAUAAUAAUUAUAAAUUUAACUUGAAAAUUAAUUUGGAGAAGAAUUAUAAUUAUGUCUUGAAAAAAAAUAAAUAUGUAUGAAAAAAGUAAAGAUUGAGAUUAUAUAAGAUGAAAUCAAUUAAAGCAUUCAAAAUCUAUUAUUUUUAAAUUAGAAGGAAUAGAAUAUUGAUUAAAUUUAUGCAACAUCAGAAUAGGGAUAUUAGAAUUAUUUAGAAAAAUGGUAAAAAAGAGAUGAUUUAUUUAAGCAAUUCCAACAAGAAUUUUAUGUUUAAACUAACGAUAUGAUUUAAAAAUAAGAAAAAAAUAUAGAAUAACGUUGGGAAGAAAAGAAAUGUGAAAUUAUUAGAGAAAUAACUUUACAGAUUAAAUAACAACUUUUAUUAGAUUAUAAUUUAUAAAUGACAAUUUAUGAAAAUCAAAUUAGAGGAGAAUAAACAUAUUUUAAUGGUCCAAUAGCUUUAUAAUAAAAAAUAAUUUAGGACAAUAAAAAAUAAUUAGAAUUUUUGAAAUAAUAAUUAGAUAAUUUUUUGAUUAGAACAUAAAAAUAAUAAUAAUAUGAUAUGCUCAUAAAUACUUUAAAUGAAAUUUAAGAAUAGUAAGAUUAGUUAGAAGAUUAAUAAUCCUUAUAAAUAGCAUAAAGAAAUAGGAAAUUUUAAAAAUAGUUGAUUAUUAUUAGAAUUGAAAUGGAUUCUAUUGAAAAGGAAAUAGAAUUGGAAUAUUUAGAAAAAAAAUUAAAACGAUAGAAAAUAAAUUUAGAGAAUAAAACUAGGAAUUUAUUUAAAAAGUAUUCAGAAAUAGUAGAUGCUCAAAUAACAAAAUUAUAAGAAUUAUAACAUAAAGAUAAUACGUUAAUUACAUAAAACUAAAAUAAUAGUUAUUUUUUUGAUAAAAUUUAAAAAUUAUUUUUGUAGAGAUAAAAUUUUAAUUAAGAAUUACAAUAAUUAUUUUAAAGUUGUUAAAAUUAAUAAAUUGAAACUUUACUCCCAUAAAUUUAAAGAAUUCAAUUUUUUAAUGAAAACCUUAUUAAAAUCAGUAAUUAUGUAGAAUGGUCAACUUUAUAAUUAAAUUCAUAAUCAAUAAUUUAUUAAACAUAAGAUUAAUCUAAUUUGAAAUAGUAAAUGGAGGAUCUCCUUAAUUAAUUAAUUGAUUUAUAUGGAUUAAUUUAAGCUUAUUUAGAAACAGAUGAAAUUUAAUGUACAGAUAUCAAUAUAAUUAAAAAUUAAUAAGAGAAUGUCAAAAUAUUGAUUGAAACAUUAAAUUAAUAAAGUGAAAUAUUAUUAGAAUGUUAAAGAAAAUUACAAUUAAAUAAUCUAGUAAUUGAAGAAAAUAGAAAAGAAUUUAUUUAAAAUGGUAUUUACAAUUAGAAUUUUUAAAUCUUUUCUGAAAAAAAUUAUGAAGAAUUUGCCUUUAAACUUAAAGAAAUUAUAAAUUAAAAAGAAUUAGUAAAAUUCAGACUCAGAUUUUUUGAUGACAAUGAGUUUUAUAAACAAAUUAUAGAUUAAUGGAAUGGAAUUAAAUCUAAAAAAUAAGAAUUAUAAUAAGAAUUGCAAGAAGUAGUAGAAUAAAUGUAUAAUUACAGCAAUAAUUAAUUAUAAAUACAUAUAUCAAAAGUUUAAGUUUUAUUAAUUUAGAUUAAUUAAACACUUAAAACAAUUCCAUCCUUAAAUUAAAUUCAAAAAUUUAAUGAAUAAUAUCAAUAAAAUCAAAUUAGUUACUUAGAACUCUUCACUUUAAUUGUCUAUAUCAAAUUAUAUCAUUGUUAAAGAUACUUAAAUAGAUUUUUAUCUCUCAAAAAUAAAAAAUUAGUUUAAGAGAUUUAAUAGUCUUAGAUUUAAAGCUAAGUUUAAAUGAAUUCUUACAAUUAAUUAAAUUAAGAUAUUCAAUCAUGUAAAUAAGAAGAGUAGAAAAUUCAAAGUUUAAUUGAAAAAUAUCGUACAUGUUUGGGCGGAUAAAUCGAACCUUUUAAAAUUAUGAAACUUUAAGAGGAUAAUGAAUAUAUAACUAAUCUAAACUAUAAUUAUCAAAAUAAGAUUAAAUAAAUAAUAAAAGUAAAGUUGCAUAAAUAUUUAAAUGAUUAAAAUCUCAUAAAUGAAAUUAUUAAUCAUUAUCAAACCUAUGAAUUUUAACCACUACUCUUCUAUAAAAAAGUAACAGAAUAGCAUAAUUGA